AUGAUCUCUGGCAUCCGCCGCCUCAUCGUCCGCCUCUUCCACCUCCUUCGCAAGCUCGUGGGCCUCUCUGUCUCCUCCCCUUCGACUGAGACGGCCGCCCUCGUCGAUCACAACUGCUUUCCCCACAUUUGGGAUACAAUCGUGAACAAUGCCCCUCCCGAGUCCCUCGCCGUGCUCACCCGCGUGUCUCGCGAGUCCCGCCGGCACGCCUUGUCCCGCUUCACACACCUGUAUGGCCUCUACGUGUCUGUGGUCGAGCCCAAGCCCCGCAUCAAGGCCGCGCUUAGCUACUUUGAGGGCACGGUCAGCAUUCCUCUUGACGCCGACCACCGGAAGAAGAUUCCUCAUAUUCUCUUCAAGGGUGACCUCGAUGGCCGCAUCCUCCGCCUGAGCAAGUUGCCGUCCGACGUCUUCAACAACGUGGAGGUCAUCGAUGUGGGUUGUUGCGGAGCCGAAACCAAGCUGCGUCUUCUGGCAAUCCCGAGCCUCCGCGUCGUGCGCAUCCGCACCAACAUGACCAGCACCUUCUGGGUGCCACCCACGGUGACCACCGUCGUUAUCUCCGGCAUCCUCUCCAUUGACUUCAUCAAGGACACGUCUAUCGACACCCUCGUGAUCGUUUUUGGAUCGCUGCCUGAAUCUCACCAAUGUAUGCGCCUUUCAAAGCAGAUCAAGAACGUCGUCAUCAUCUGUUUCGGAGACCAGCGUGACUAUCUGAUGAACCUCUGGCCGCUUCUGGAGGUUACCGUGCGCAUUGGCGCUCAGCUGACUCUUGUUGGCAGCUCCCCCUCCACCGAACCCUGGGACGGCCCCGAGGCGCUCGCUUACAGCUUGCAUAACAUUGGUAUUCGCAUCUGGCAGAGCCCUGUGGGCCACCACGUCCGCACAUCGGGGCUGGUCACCCACCAGGACGAGAAGGAGUUCCGGGCCGAGGUUGGCGAGGACGCGUGGGCGCUGUACUCCAAUGUCCCCCUCCCUCUCCGUUGCGACUGCACCUCGCAGGGUCUGGGGCAGCAGCAGGGGCCGUGCCUCAUCCCUCUGAACUGA